UUCUUCCCCACAUCAUGCACAACCUUUUGUGUGAACACACUGAAUUGUGCAAAUGAAAGAAACCACGUCAGAAACUACAGACCUAGUCUGUACCACAGACUCCAUGCAUUCAACAGCAGCAAGGAUACAAAUGUAAAGAAGAAUUUGAAGACCUCGUGUUGAACUUCACAACUUUUUUUGAGAAGUCUUUUAUUUUGUCCUUGUUGCAGUAAACCAUGGUUGGGAUUCUUAAAGUCAUCAGCCAUAUCUAUGCUUUUCUACUUAUUUGCUCCUACCACAAAAGCCAUUGCAAGAACUCAUCUUCUUUAAUGGUGAGGUUUCGCGUCAAAGAAGAAGUGCCCAUUGGCACACUUAUAGGACACAUUUCUGAUGUUCCCGGCUGGAUAAAGGAUUUGAAUGAGGAAUACCAGAUCAUGCAGGAGACUAAUUCUUUUCCCGUGCAAGUGGGCUUGAAAAGUGGAUCAAUAACAACCACGGGACGUCUGGAUAGAGAACAGAUUUGUCAUGUCCACGGACAUUGUAUCUUGUCUUUUAAUGUCCUGGCUACCAAGGUCUUGUCCUUGGUACAUGUAGAAGUUGAAGUUUUGGAUAUUAAUGAUAAUGAACCAAUAUUCCCUAAACCGGAACUGGAUUUGGAGAUAUCAGAGAGUGCAUCUCUACGCACAAGGAUUCCUCUUGACAGAGCAUGGGAUCCUGACAGUGGCAGCAAUGCUGUAAAGCUAUAUACCCUUUCACCCAAUGACCACUUCACUUUAAAUAUUACUUCUAGUUCUGAUGGUAAACAUCCAGAAUUGGUGGUGGUAAAGGAGCUUGAUAGAGAACAGCAAUCUUCUUUCAAUCUAGUCCUAACUGCAUUGGAUGGAGGGCAUCCACAAAAAUCUGGGACUGUUCAAGUCAAAAUUAAUGUCUUGGACUCUAAUGAUAACAGCCCAACCUUUGGGGAAAACUCUGUUAUUAUAGAAGUCUCAGAAGACACAUCACCUGGUACAAUCCUUAUAAAUCUUACUGCCACUGACCCAGAUCAAGGUCAAAAUGGGGAAAUAGAGUUCUCAUUUAGUAAACAUAAUUCUCAUCAUGUCCUCAAUAUGUUCACCAUUGACUCAAAAUCAGGUGGAAUAGUUUUGAGAAAGUCACUUGAUCAUGAGGAAAGAAGUUCUUAUGAACUAGAUGUGCAGGCAAAGGAUUUAGGACCUAAUCCUAUCCCUACCCACUGCAAAGUAGUCAUCAAGGUUUUAGAUAUUAAUGAUAAUGCACCAGAUAUUAAAGUCACUUGGGCUUCCAAAGAUUCAUCAGAGAUUGUGGUAUCUGAAGCUGUUCCACUGGGUAGCUUUGUAGCUCUGGUUAUACUCAAUGAUCCAGAUUCAGGUGAGAAUGGACAAGUGCACUGCCAUUUAGUUCAAGAUCAUUCACAUUUUACUUUGCAGAAAUCUAAUGGCAACAGUUAUAUUUUAAUAACCAAUGCCAUACUGGACAGAGAAAAGUGGGAUGAGUAUGAAAUAACCAUCCAAGCUAAAGAUCAAGGUGAGCCCUCAUUUUCUGCUACAAAAUCCUUAAAAAUUCGAGUUAGUGAUGCAAAUGACAACCCUCCCAUUUUUGAGAGGCUGAGUUAUAAUGUCUUACUAGAUGAAAAUAAUGGUCCUUUCAGUCAUCUCCUUUCUUUAAAUGCUCAUGAUAUUGAUCUAGGCGAUAAUGCUGAAGUCACAUACAGUAUUAUUGACUCUGUCAUCUAUGGAAUACCAGUAUCUACAUUAGUUUCCAUCCACCCCAGAACAGGUGAGAUUGUUGUUCUUAAGUCCAUAGACUAUGAGGAAAUUAAAGAAAUUCAGUUCUUGGUCCAAGCAGAAGAUAAUGGUAACCCUAGACUUAGCAGCAAUGCUUCAGUCAAAAUAUUUGUAAAGGACAAAAAUGAUAAUAGUCCACUAAUUAUGCAACCAAAGCUUAAGAGAGGCCGGGCUAGCAUUACAGUCCUAGUUAAUGCUGAGACAGGAUAUUUUCUUUCUGCCAUGGAAGUUUCCAGUUCAGAAGCUUUUGGAUAUAAUUCAGAUGAAAUAUUAUCAGAGACUGCAAAGCUCAAUAUACACCCACUAUAUCAAGUUGUCGCUACUGAUGCAGACUCAGAGGAAAAUGCUAAACUUAUCUACCACCUAAAAGGUAACCACCAAGGCUUAUUUAUUAUGAAUGAACAUUUAGGACAUAUAUACCUAAAUGCAAGCAAUGCCAGUAACCUUAUCGGAAAUGCAUUUGACUUGGAGGUAACGGUUGUAGAUUGUGGAACACCUCAUCAAGAGGCAAAAGCUGUUCUUCAAGUUAUGUUCAGUAGCCACUUGGACCACCUGAAAAAUUCAGCAAGUGAAUCCAAUGGAAAGCUAAGCUUAUCUAUGGUGAUUGUUAUUUGUCUGGCUGUCCUUUUGGCUGUAUGUCUUCUAAUUUUAGCUCUUGUAAUGUCCUUUUGUCGAGUAGAUAGGAAGGACAACAGAGCUUACAACUGUAGGGAAGAAGAAUCAGCUUAUAGAAAGCAACCAAGGAGACCCCAAAGGCAAAUUCAAAAGACAGAUAUCCAUGUGGUUCCAGUACUCAGAGGUAGGCAACAACAACAGGCCGUCACACCAAUAGAAGAAGUCAAACCAUUUCCUAACUCAGAGGAAGGUGAAAAAAUUGCAGAAGGUGAAUCCCUCCAUACUCCUUUUCAUCUAACACCAACUCUUUACCGCACAUUAAGAAACCAGCACAAUCAGGAUACACUUAAAGAAGAUACUACAGAUUUAGAACAAUCAUUCUCUUUGCCCCCCUCUGUAUGCCGAACUUUACAGUACCAAAGACAGAGAAGUUGCUCAAGAGAAAACCUCCAAGACACGCAUGGAACCCUUCCUGUAAGCAACAAAAUAUUAAAAAAUCCAGGAAGUCCCCAAAUAAGAGCAUAUGAUGAAACCAGUUCAUCAGAACCCAUGAUAUUCAAUGAAGGAGAGUUUUCACCAGCGAUGUCUCCAACGCUGAGACGUCAAAAGAAUGCAGAGCAAUCGUCUAAGGAACAAAUAAUCAGAAACCUAGUACGUCUGUCUAUGGUAGCAUUGGCAGAGAAAGAAGCAGUAGAACUCACAAUGCAAUCCCCACAUGUCCAGCAAAUUUCUCAGCUCUUGUCUCUGCUCCACCAAGGGCAAGUUCACCCCAAGACACUUCACAGAGGGAACAAAUACUCAUCUAAAACUGGCAGAUCUAUAGGACAAGAGGUGGACUGGCAGAGUACAAAGGACAGUGGGCAUGGUGAAAGUGAGGCUGGCGACUUGGAUUCUGAGGCAGGAGGAGAUUUUUCUGCUACCCAUCAAAUGGUAGAGGACAAUCUGGAGGCUCUUUUUGGUCAGUGUAUAGGUACAGAGACCAAUCGGUUGAGUGAUCUAGAUCCAGGGUGGAUUGCCCGUCUCUCCUUGCCUUUAGGCAACAACUACAAGGAGAAUAUCUUUACCCCAAGCACUCAAAUCACUCAGGAGCCUACAAUAACAGCAGCAGACAAAGAAGAUCUUAGAACCUUCCUAACAUUUGGUAAAGCUUCUGAUGGGUCACAAGAGAACCGACUGGCCAGCACCUUCCUUUCUGAAAUGAGUUCUCUAUUUGAGAUGCUGUUGACGCAGAAAGCUGAAUCUCAUGGAAACGCCACUUCCGAGGUUCUUAUGAGGCUGUCUUCUUGCAGCAAGAGUAUGGGCAUGGACAGUAAUAUAAGUGAUGGUCCCAGGAAUUAACAAGAAGACUGUUAACUGAGGGUCAAUAUAGAUGAUAGGGCAAGUGGAUCUAGCCCCCACCAUCUACUUGUGAUUUAUAUGGCACUUAGGAAUAAGAAGACUCUGAAUUCAUACUGACUGAAUGGAAGAACUGUAGAUAUAAGAUUUAAAGGGCAUUUGGCAACACUUGCUUCAAUUGAUCAAUAUGGAGUAUUGAUGACGUGUACAGUAUGGUCACUAAGAGUAGAAAUUAGGAUUCUCGUAUUAUGCAAGACAGUAGAACAUAACAUAAUCAUACAAUAACAUGACAAUAAGUAUGUUAUUAUUGGUGCUACCAAAGGCAAAUUUGCACAUCCUAAAACUGGGGUCAAUUUGCACUAUAUACAAUAGUUGGGAUUGUAUAAAUUUAGAGGUUGGUUGGAAAAUGGCAUCUUGAGGUAGCUUACUGAAUAGUUCCUAGACUGAAGGCAGGUGUAGAAAAAUGGUAUGUAUCAUGUAUAUACUGUACUAUCAAAAUGUCCUAAGAUGUUCAAGGUGACCCUAUGCUUCUAAAGCCAAUGGAAAUGUUUGACAAUGAACAAGAUAGAGGCUGACUAAGCAGAGGGUACUGGAUUAAAGUGGUUUGACAACCUAGACUAGACUAUAUCUUAUCUAAGAAUUUCUGCUGUAUUUUAUAACCUGGCCUGUUAUACUGUAUAUCAUUUAAACAACUUCUCCCAGAUUAUCUGUCAGAAUACUAGUACUAUAUAGAAACCUGCAUCCUACCAUCCCGUUACACUAACUCAAGUAGGCAUCCAUUCUUCUUUAUAUAUUGAAUGCUGCCACAUCUUUUGCUUUGGACUAGAUCCGCACAGAUAUAAGAACUGUCAAACUUACAUGCAAACUGAAGAUAGUCAACAGAGUAUUUAUGAAAUUGUAACUGAUUUUCACUCUGGAUCCCUGGUGGUCAACCAAUAUUACACAGGCCUCAACUUCACACCCCAUUCAUUCUGGGGAGGUUCAAGUCAUACAUGUGUGUACCCCUUUUGUUAAAAAGUUGUAUUUAUCCUUGACAUUUCCUCCACACAUUUUAUUUAGCUAAAAACAGGUUUGGACUAAUCUGUAUAAAAAAUAACCUAAACCAGAUCUUCUGAGAUAUAGUAAGGGAACAAAUAAUAGGGGGAUACAAAAUAAAUAAAAAGUACCAUUUAAAUGUCCUGCUGCUCCUGCACCACCAAUCUAGGCCCUGCUGGACUUGCUGCAGUCACAUACCAUCCAUUGUUCAUGUGACCACUGCAGCCAAUCACUGGUCUCAGCAGUCAUGUGACUACUGACAUCAGUGACUGGUUGCAGUGGUCAGGUGAAUGAUGAACAGAAGGAGACUGGAGUGGCAGGACAGUCUUUUUCUUUAUCUUAUACAGCCUCCUGCUCUGUGCCCAUUUAAAAAAAAUCUUGGAAACCCACUUUAAUAGUUGGGCAGAGGCCUCAUCUUACAGGAGGUUGAUCAUUACCCUAGUGAAGGAAGCUUUGCCAUAUAAAUUUGCCUUCUUCUGGGGACAGCACAUCAGGCUGGUAAGAGCUGCAUGUAGACCCAAGACCAGCAUUUGGACAUCAUUGAUCUAGAUUCACUAUAUUAGGUCAUGAUUAGUUUAGAUGUCACUUUUCAAUGUUAUAGAGCCUAGUGAAAUUUUGCUAACCGAACCAGGUUAGUCAUGAUCAACAUGCCAAUGAUUUUCUAGCCCUGCUGUAUAACUCUUUCUGUUGAUCAUAAUCCAUCAUUAAAGAGCCGCUAACAUGCUGGGCUGAAAACGUAUUUUCAUUAAUUUAUGUUAUUUAUCAGUGUUUAACUUAGUUUUCUAGUUUUUUUACUUUUUUAAUAUGUUGCUUUAUAUGAACUGUGUUCAAUUCAAUAAAAGUAAUAAU